AUGUUCCAGAGAAUACGCGGCGCCAUCGACCGCACUAUAGCGGAGGAGCAGGCACGGCAACGAGGCGAUGAUGCGCCCGUCUCCCGGUCUGCUUCCGACUCCUCUAGGCAAGGAGCGAAUGGUGCGCGACGGCCCCGACCAAACAACGGCAUGACCGACGCGGGAGAGGCACCCCCGAACCCCGACCCUGCCGUCUUCGAGGCCGCAUUUGUCAUUGACGAUAGCGAUGAGCCAAGCCGCACUGGCACUCCGAAGCCGCCGGUGCCCGAGAAAGACGCCCCCGCCUCCAACGACGCUGCCGCCGCCGACGACAGCAAGUCUACCGACACAAAGAGCGAAAAGCGCCCAAGCACAGAGAAUGCAAAUUCCACCAACUCCUCUACGAGCUCAACUAAGAUGGCUACGUCGCAGACGCGCUCGGCCGAGCUAUCACCGGAGAUCAAGCAACGCCUGCGGAAGCUCGAGAAGCUCGAGUCUACGUACCCAGCGCACAAGCGAGCGACAUCUAUCGAGCCUUUUGAAAAGGCACUGCGCGAGAACACCCCCCUCACCUCCAUUGUCGAUCCCGAUGCCAUGAUCGAAUAUCUCAACCAACUAAGCCAGCGCGGGGGCAUGGUCAUGGAUGAGCUGAAGCGCGUCUCUGCCGAAAAGGAUGAGAUCAAGAAGAAGCAGGUUGAGGCUGAGGAGUCGUUGCGUGACACCAAGAAGGAACUGGAAGAACUGAGGGCGGCGGGAAAAAAGGCUGCUGCAAACGGCACUGAUGUCUCCAACUCCUCCAAGAAGGAGGCUGGCGACGACUUCUUUUCCUACGAGGACGAAAUUCCGCAGCUUCAAGCCGAUGUGGAAGCCAAGGCGGAGGAAAUUGAGAAACUCAAAUCAGAGGUGACCAAGCUCCAGGGCGAUCUGGCCGCCGCGAAAGAGAACAGUGCUGGUCUGGCGGUGAGUCUUGACCAGACUUCCAAGGACCUGAGGGAAUCGCGCGACGGAUCGAACGACCAGAAAAAGCUCCAAACGGACCUCGAUUCUCGAACGAAGGAAGUCGAAGAGCUCACUGGCAAACUCAAGACGACCGAAUCAGAGUUGAAGAAGCUUCAGGCCAGCUCGAGCGAAGACAUCAGUGCUAGCGCCGCCAAAGUAGAAAAUGCUGAGACCUCUCAGGCUGCGGCUGAGAAGCGAGCCAAGGACCUGGAUGGAGAGCUCACCAAGGCUAAGAAUGCCACGAAUAUCUCUAAGAACUUGAUCGAUGACCUCAAGUCACAGGUUGAAAAACUGAACGCCGAAAAGUCGGAGAAAGAGAUCAAGAUUGAUGAGCUAACAAAGAUGAUCAACGAGAGACCUUCUGAACCUACAGUUGCCACUUCUGAUACGAAAGAUAAGCCGGUCGUAGCUACUGGAGCAUCCGCCAGCUCGAAGAAGAAGAACAAGAAGAAGAAGAAGGGUGGCGUCGCCGCUCAAACCGUCGCUGAUGACGACAACGAGAGCAAGACCAGUGAACCUGCAAAGGAGGAUUCAGGCGUCGAUGCCAGUGCUCUUCAGGCCGAGAUCGACCAACUCAAGGAGGAGAUCAAACAAAAGGACGCCGAAAUCGAACGCCUAAACAAGAAGCGAAAGUCUGAAGAGGAUCUGCAAGAGGAGAUUGAGACCCUCAGAGAUAACCUGGUCAAUAUUGGACAGGACCACGUUGAGGAUAAGGAGAAACUCAAAUCACUCCAGCAGGAGAAAAAGGAGCUCCAGGCAGAGAUCGAAGCGGUUCAGACCAAGCUCAAGUCGUCAACCUCCAGCUCCCAGGAAAGCGGCAAGAUUCGAGGCGAGAUGGAUGCUUUGCAAAAGGAGCAUGACGGCCUCAAGGAAAAGUUUGGCACCCUGCAGUCAGACCUUGGCGCCGCCCAGCAACUAGCGCAAACAAGAUUCAAAGAUCUUAGUGAGCUAAAGGAAGUCUUGCAAAAAGCCCAGCCAGAGCUUAAAAGUCUGCGCCAAGAAUCUGCCAUGCUCAAGACUACAAAGGAGGAGCUGGCAAACAAGGUCAAAGAGUUGAAGGAAAUGGAAAAGAAGGAGAGAGAGCUGAAAAAGGAGAUUACAUCGGCCCAACAACUUGCUACUGACCGCGCUACUGAGAUUAAGAAUCUCAAGGAAAAGCUCGGUCAGGAGACGAGUGGGAAACAGAAGCUCGAGGAGGCGCAGCGUGUUUCUGGCCGUGACUUGCGUCGUGCCGAGGCCAGCAAGGUGGAAUUGAGCGCCAAGGCGGAAAAGGCAGAAGCCGAGCUUCAGAAACUGCAAGAGGAAGCCAAGAUGCUGCGACCUCGUGUCAAGGAACUCGAGGAGCAGAUGCACAAGUUCAAGCGUGACAAGUCGGCAGCACAGGAAGAAGCCGAAUUCAAGUCGCAACAAUACAUCAACGCGCAGGCGCUGCUCAGCAGCAUGCGCGAUCAGACAACCGAAAUGUCUGUGCAGCUCAAGGAGUCCAAGUCGCAAGCGGAAGCGUUGGAGGAGGAGCUUGCCGAGGUGCAGAAGCUGCUGCAGGAGAGAAGCCGCGAAGGGGAGACGAUGCGCCGGCUGCUCUCCGACGUGGACGAGCGCGCGGACAGCAAGGUGCGCGAAAUGCGCACGCGCAUGGAGGCGGCCGUGGAAGAACGCGAACGCAUCGAAGACGAGUCCAGCACGCUCGCCCGCAAACGCUCGCGCGAGGCGGAAGAGCUCAAGCAGAAGCUGCGCGAGCUCGAGCGCGAGGUCAAGAACGCGACGCAAGAGCGCGACGACCUGGACGAGAAGUCCAAGGAGUGGCGCCGCCGCCGCGACGAGCUCGAGGCGAUUGAGGAGCGCGCGUCGGCCGAGGCCGAGGAGCUCCGGACCACGGCGUCGCAGCUCCGCAGCGCCCUCGACGCGUCCGAGAAGCACGUCCGCGACGGCGAGAAGCAGCGCGGCGACCUGCGCACCAUGCUGGACGAGGCGCGGCAGCGCUACGACAAGAUGGCCAAGGAUCUCAGGGCCGCGCAGUCCAAGCUGCUGUCGAGUCCAAGUAGGACGUCGAUUGACUCGAACCGCAGCGGCUCAAUUAAUGGCGCCAGCAGCGGCGCGGACACGGCGUAUCUAAAGACGAUUCUGCUGCAGUUUCUGGAGCAAAAGGACGGACGCCUCCGCGCGCAGCUCGUGCCUGUCCUGGGCAAGCUGCUGAAGUUCGACAAGUAA